AUGCGGAGCUUGGUUGUAGCCGCGUUUCUUCUGUCUCUUGUGACCGGAGCUCUCGGUGUAGAGAGAGUUCACUAUGUGGCAGCAGUGGAAGUGUACUGGGACUAUGCGCCGUUUGGUCACAACAUGAUCUCAGACUUACCUCUGGUGAACGACAGUGACGCGAGCGUUUUUCUGGAGAGAGGGCCAAACCGGAUCGGCUCUGUCUACAAGAAGGCUCUGUUCCGGGAGUACAUGGAUCAAACCUACACCGUGAAGACGGAACGUCCUGAUUGGUUGGGAUUUCUUGGCCCGGUUAUGGCGGCUGAGGUCGGUGACGUCAUCACCAUUCACUUCAAGAACCUGUUACCAAAGCUGCACUGCUCAAUGCAUCCGCAUGGUGUCCUCUAUGACAAGAUGUCAGAGGGAUCUCUCUACAACGAUGGCACCAGUGGGGCCAGUAAGCUGGACGACUUCGUGCCUCCGAACGGGACGCACACGUACACGUGGCGGGUGAGGGAGGUGGACUCGCCGCUGGAGGACGAUCCCGACUGCCUGACGUGGAUGUACCACUCUCACCAGGACCACAGCCGAGACAUCUACACCGGGCUGGCCGGUCCUCUCGUCAUCUGUAAAAAAGGAGCCCUAACUGCUGACGGCCAUGAGAAGGUGGACCAUGAGUUCGUCUUGUUGUUCAGCGUGACUGACGAAAACAAGAGCUUUUACCUGGAAGACAACAUCCGGGAAUUCUGCACAGAUCCAGACUCCGUAGAUGUAGAGGAUGAAGACUUCAUGGAAAGUAACUUGAUGCAUGGCAUCAACGGCUACCUGUACGGAAACCUGCCAGGACUUGUGAUAUGUGAAGGUGACACGGUCAGCUGGCAUCUGGUGGGACUGGGAGGCGAGGUCGACAUGCACACCGUUCACUUCAGAGGGCAGAGCCUAGAGAUGCAGCGUCAUACCGCGGACGCCAUCUCACUCUUCCCGGCAUCCUUCAUCACUGCUCGGAUGGAAGCGCGCGGCCCCGGAACAUGGAUGGUCAACUGUGAGGUCAACGACCAUUACAGCGGUGGGAUGCAGGCGUUGUUAAACGUGGAAGAUUGUGGAGCGAAGUGGCAAGGGCAACAACAACAACAACAACAAGUGCAACUGGUCUAUAUCGGAGGAAGAACACGGGAAUAUUACAUCGCCGCCGAGAUCGUCUACUGGGACUACGGACCUUCAGGACAAAAUCUGUUUGACGGAGGAAGUCUAGUAAAACCGGAAAGUGAUUCGGUGGUUUUCUUUGAGACCACGGCGCACAGAAUUGGCGGAACUUACAAGAAAGUCCGCUUUGUGGAAUAUGAGGACCACACCUUCACCCGUCCAAAGGAACGGACUACAGAGGAGAAGCACCAUGGAAUUCUGGGUCCGGUCAUAAGGUCAGAGGUCGGCGAUGAGAUCGUCGUGACCUUUCGGAACAUGGCGGACAGGGAGUACAGUAUCCAACCGCAUGGCGUCGCCUAUGAUAAAAGAAACGAAGGCAGUUUCUAUGGAGACGCUUUGGGACAAAGACAAGGCGUCUUGCCCAAUGAGACCUACACGUACCGCUGGACCGUUCCGGAAGACUUCGGCCCGGCAGAGGGUGACCCCGCCUGCCUGACAAGGUUCUACCGAUCAGGCGUUGACCCCGUUGCCGAUCCGUCCUCUGGGCUGAUUGGUCCCUUGCUUGUUUGUAGGCGAGGUGCAUUGGCUGAAUCAGGAAAACAGAAAAACGUGGAUCACGAGUUCUUCCUGCUCUUCUCGGUCAUCGACGAGAACUUGAGCUGGUACCUGGACGACAACAUCCGGGAAUUCUGCAAGGACCCGGAUGGAGUGGACAGCGCAGACGCGGACUUUGCAGAGUCAAACCUCAUGCACGCCAUAAAUGGUUACAUGUACGGUAACCUUCCCACCAUGCGCAUGUGCAAGGGAGACAACGUCACAUGGCACGUGAUUGGCCUUGGUACUGAAGUGGACAUCCACACCGCGGUGUUCCAUGGGGAGACCUUGACGUACCACCAGCAGUACAGGGACGCCAUAGCGGUUUUUCCUGGAACUGCAGAGACCCUGUCGAUGGUUCCAGACAACGUCGGCGAAUGGGCUCUAGAAUGUCGAACCAAUGAUCACUACAGCGCAGGCAUGAAGGCGAAGUAUGUAGUGGAAGACUGUUAUCCAGAUGAGCGAUCUCACCCACAGGAACUUACUGUUAACCAUGGCCAAGUGCGAACUUACUACAUCGCCGCGGUCGAGCUGGAAUGGGACUACGCUGAAGUCAAGGAGGACGUACAUGGGAAUCCUAUAAACGUUACAGAUGGUGAACAUGACUUUCUUAGGGCCUCAGACACAACCAUUGGAUCGGUGUACAAGAAAGCCGUGUACAGAGAAUUCACCGACGGCACCUUCACACAAGAGGUGGCGAGACCAGAAACGUACGGCCUACUCGGACCAAUCAUACGAGCGGAAAUUGGUGACGUCAUCGUCGUGAUUUUUCGGAACUUGGCAUCCCGUCGAUUUUCGCUUCACCCACACGGUGUGAUGUACGACAAGGGGAGCGAAGGGGCGCUGUACCAAAACGGGCUGAGAGCAACCGGACAGAGAGUCGGAGUGAACCCUGGGGAGACCAAGGCGUACACGUGGAGCGUACCGGAAAGAUCUGGCCCAACAGAGGCGGACGGAAAUUGCGUCACGUGGGCAUACUACUCCAGCGUUGACCCCGUUCGUGACACCAACUCGGGACUGAUCGGCCCGCUCGUCGUUUGUCGGAAAGGCUCGCUUUCUCCCGAUGGCGGCCGACGUGACGUAGAUCGGGAGUUCCCCCUUCUCUUCAGCGUGUUUGAUGAAAACUUGAGCUGGUAUAUUGAAGACAACGUCAGAAUGUUCUGCAACACUCCGGAUCAGGUAGACUAUGAAGACGAAGAUUUUCAGGCGACUAACAAACUUCAUGCCAUCAACGGUUUGACCCUGGGGAACCUGCGUGGCCUGCGGAUGAGUGUGGGGGAGAGUGUGGACUGGUACCUGAUGGGGAUGGGGACGGAGGUGGACGCGCACGCCGCGCACUUCCACGGCAACGCCUUCACUCGCACCACCGGGCCGGACAUGCGCCAGCGUGGGGACGUUUGGGAUCUAUUUCCAGGAACCUUUGCGACGGUUCACAUGACCCCGAAUAACCCCGGCACCUGGCUGGUGCACUGCCACAACAGCGAUCACUUCGUACUGGGCAUGCGCACUACCUACACCGUGGAACCUGCUGAAGCUUAGUCAAACUCAAACGAUACACGUCACCUGUUAAACUCCCUGUCUACCGCUAGGUGGCGGCUGUUGAGCGACCAUGCAUGAGUGACAAAAAUUGUUCAAACGACAAAAAUAGUUCAAACGAAUCAUUAUUGAUAAAGAAGUGUAUUUGUUAGCUUUAUGCGUUUGUUGACUUUCAAAAUACAGUUUUAGAAAUCAUAUUCAAAUUACAAAGUCAAAAGUCAUAAACAUAUCUCGCCCUCGCUAGUGCAUAUACAGAGAACUUCGACCAGAAAUGCAGUUAACUAUUCAUCUGAAUAUCCAGAGAGCUUUGACUAGAAAUUUAGUUAACUAGUUAGAGGCUGCUUAGUGGUAUCGUAGGGCCUAAUAGUUUUGAGUAUAUUACAACGUAAAAGACAGGGUAUUAAAAGUAAAGGAGGAAAGUACAGAAUUAAAACUAUGUUUAUCAUGCCACCAGCAUGCACAAUUGAAUCACCGUCUACAUGGUAUCUUUACUUUAUGGUAGAAGUGUGUUGAAUCCACAAUAAAGGUAUCGUCGAUUUUUGUUUUGUUUUAUCUGACAAUGUUUGUAAAACAUUGACUGACAUCAGACGACGAAAAGUACAUUUGUUCGUUUUGUUUGUGCUUUUAUUUUGACUCGAAAGUGUCGGCUGUCGGGGCCGCUUCAAGUUUUGUGGAGGUCGAGUUAGGAGGAGUGUCAGAGGUCAUAAAAGAGCCUAUCGGACGUCGACCGAUCGGACGGGUCUUAUUAUGUCGUACUCGAGGGCGAAACACGUCUUUUACACACGUAAAGACUGUAUGAUUCAGAGUAUUCGACUUGGACAUGUCUAACACAGCCCUCUAAUUAAGAAACAUUGUCGAUUUGACAAAAUAGAAUGGUCAAAAUGCAUUAUUUGAAGAGAACUUCUUAGUAUGUGACCUUUCGUUAUUUACCGACAUGUUGUGGUGAAGAUGUCAUCACGUGUUCAGACGUCAUCAAAUUAUAGAUAAGACGUACAGAUAUCAACAUCCACGUCAAUCAACUGCUUAAGUGUUUAUAUAUAUAUAUAUAUAUAAGACACAGAAGCACCACUUUAGUAACUUCAUGCAUCAAAAAACAAUAUAUCAUCUCUGAUUCUUCUAAAGACUUCAUGUCAACCUUUUUGUUUGUUUCUGUGUCCCGUGCUCUACGGCAAGAAUAAACAUUUGUACAUUUGCCAUGGUAAA